CACGGAUCUCGAAUUUCUUGACGCAGUCAGCUUCAACCUUUCCACUCUCCCCAGACUCCUCAAAUCAUCCAACGGCAAUAUGAGGACAAGCAGACGAUAAUGGCACCGCGCAAGCCCCUCAAAACCCUUGGGAAGGCAGAAGGAUGCGCAUACAGCGGUUGCAAUGAGAGCCAAGAUACACAAGAGAAGUUCACUGAAUGCUAUCUUGAACAUGGUAUCCGCGUGGUAAGCAGUUCAACGGGACCAGAACAACGCGUACCAUUGCCAGGACAUGGAGCAGCUAACACCCAUGCUCGGUCUUCCGAAUUUUGGAAGCCCGACGACCCCCGCCAGGUUCGAAACGCGCCCAAGAGAUCGCGUCUGCUUCCAGCCGAAAAGUCAAAGCCGAAGGCUUCGUCGCCAGUCGCAGAGCCUCGCCGAUCCAAGGGUAGCCAAUGCCCGCUUCUCACCUCACUCAACUGGGCGACAAAAGAAACUGGCGCGAAUGCAUCUGCGAGCGAUGCCGACGCACCUGAUGCUUUGGUAACGAACGAUGCAUUGCCCCCAAGGCAAGCACCGCGGGCGACAGCACCGCUGAAGAAAAGGAAAAUGGACAGCUCGCAGUCACCAACGCAGUCAAACGAUGGCCGCAGCUACAGUCAGUAUCAAGAUAACGAUUUUCCGUCUGACCAUCCCGCGGGAGAAGAUGGACACGAGACUCAGUCCACCCGCGGCGACUCUCCGCAUCGGACCCUUUACGAAGACGACACUGGUGCUGUAAAGUUUAACCUACCUGCCUACCAAAACUUGCGUGCAGACUUCUCCCAAAAUGACGGGGACGAAGAUUCUCCAGAGUCGGCGCACCACUCUGCGAUUACCCCGGAGACGCCGGCGGUGGGUCCACGGCUUACAUUCCAGAAUGGAGAAGCGUCAGUGCUGGGAGCAUCACAGCUUUUCGCGCAAACGCAAUUUACAUCGGCUGUCAAGAGGGUCUCCCCUACUUCAUCGAGGCCGUCACCCUUUGUUUUCAACGACAACACGAUAUCCCCCAACAAUCUCGAGUCUCCCUUAGGAGGCCGCGGUCUACGAACUUCACCAUCCCUCGGCGUGGCUUCGAGCCCCAACCUCCUGACCACCUCAUCUAAGCCGAUAGUCGAUUCUCAAGAUGCAAUCACUGUUCCCGAGUCCCCGCGGCUCGGGCCUCGCAAAGCCAGGACCAUUCCUGAACCAAUUGGUUCAUACAGUGGCUUUCUCAAUGCGCAAAAGGUGCUGGAAGAGAGUGAAGAUGAUGAUUUUGGAAGUGACGGCGAGAUUCAACGACGCCGUUUGGCGAAAAUGAGACAGGAGGAAGCAGUGAGGCGUUGCGCUUCUAUCAGCGUCGCACGUUCCAGCAGCAUUCCUCGCUCAAGUAGCAAGGGCCCCGAAAAUGUUCAUAUCGAGGUCCCGUCCACAAAUCAUGAAACACAUGAAAAGAAAGUGACCGAAAAGAAGGCAACAGAGGACUAUCUUAAGCAGCGCUGUGGGAAGUAUGAGGCCGAUAAGGACGACUCGGAAGAAACUGAAGAACAUGCUGAAAUUGUGGCCGACUCUCAAGAGCUCGCAGUUCCUACGCCGCCACAGCCACCGCUGCUCGAGAUUCAGGAGAGCAACACCCUUCAACUUGACACGCCAAACGAGAAACACCCGGUCGAGGUCGCAGGCCAGCUCACUAAUGACCCAGCGGAUCCUAUCUUAUCCACGAACACGACCGGAACUAGUGGUACCAAGGAGGUAAUCCCUGAGACUAGCCCGGCUGGCACAUUCAACGAACCUGCACCACGGCUACCUGAGCAUAGCAUCACUCCUCUUGUAGCGUCGGGAGUGGCACGCCGAGGGUUGAAAAUACUUGCCCCUCCAGCCUCAAGCCCGCGAGUAUUUGAGGAUUCGGAUAAAUUAGCUCCUACACAGAGCUUACCGGCACCGAGCACCAUGCAUUCAUCUCCUCCACGACAAUUAUGUGCUAGCACACAACCGUCCUCUAAACCAGCCGGGCCUCGUCGCUCGUCACGUCAAUCAAGCAGCAUGAGGGUAGUCACACCUACAGCAGCUCCCAGCGCGUCGCAUGCUCCCCCAAGUGCCACAUCUACUCUCUCAGCACUUUCUACCACGCCGAAUAUGUCGUCUAGCACAACACCGAAUACGGAGGUUGGGCAUGCAAGUAAGAUGCAUUCGUCACCGUCAGUGACCAAAGCGAAAACGUGCUCAUCCGCUUCGAAGGCUGUCCAAGCGACAGCCAAGCAGUCAGUUCCUGAUGGUAAUGAGACUCAUCCGCCUUCCCCAGCAAGUAACAGAAUGAUACAUCGUUCUCCGCUUACAACUUAUUCUUAUCGCGCUAGACAGCGGAUCAGGAGGGAUUCGAGUAGAACAACACGUCAUCGCUCCGCUUCGACUGAUGAACUUGCCCCGUCGCCUUCAGAAUCAUCCACCCGGUCAAGGUCCUCAAGGUCAUUCACUCAGAAAGCGACAAAACAGAUGCAUGAGGAGUCUGCAGAUACCGGUGGUAUCUUCCAAGGGAUGGCGUUCGCCAUAUCCUUUCAAUCGAAGCAGCCCCAUGAAGCCUCUGAGAAGUACAACGAAAGGCUCGAGCAGAGCAAAUCUGUCCAGCAGAUGAUUCUGCAAGGCGGAGGCAAGGUCCUUACUGGGGGUUUUAGUGAACUCUUCGAAGUUAGAUCUUUGUCCUCGGGCCCAUCGUCUGCAUCAGUUCUAUCCGGUGAUUUGAAGCUGAAACGCCGUGUCAUGGAUACUGGGUUCACAGCCCUGAUUGCCGAUGGGCAUUCGCGCAAGGUGAAGUACAUGCAGGCUCUUGCUCUUGGGUUGCCCUGCCUAGCAUGCAAGUGGAUAUUAACGUGCGUGGCGAAAAACUCUUUGGUGGAUUGGUCUUCUUACGUUCUAUGCGCAGGACAGAGCAAGAUACUAGGAGAUGCCAUCCGGUCUCGUAAUAUAUUAACAUAUGAUGCUUCGAGUGCCAGGCUGGCGGAGGUCAUAACUCGACGACCUAUGCUGCUGGAUAAGACCGAGAUUUUGCUUGUUAUGAAGAAGUCCAGGUCAGAAGACAAGCGGAUGGAAUACGUGUUCCUGGCUCAAGUCCUCGGAGCGGACCUUUUUAGAGUCUUUACUGUGGACGAGGCUAGAGUUAAGCUUCGUGAGAGGGAAGACAAAGAUAACUCUCGACCUUUCGACUGGGUCUACGUUGAUGACCACAUGGCUAAUGUUGAGGGUAUUUUUGGAGCCGGCAAGGACGGAUCUGGGCCGGCUCAAUCAAAGAAACGCAAGCGCCCGAGCACAGGCAGAUCGGCUGUUCACGACGACGGCCGACUACCGAAACGAAUUAGGACUCUGACUGACGAGCUUGUGGUCCAAAGUCUGAUUUUAGGCAGGAUGAUCGAAGACGGGGAAAUGGAGGAGUGAUGAAAUGCUGGAUCAAAGGUUACGAUUCACGCUAUUAUACCAAGUGGCAUGGCGUCCUGGGGAAAGCAUAUGAGAUGCCAUUAUUCUGUUUGCUGUCAUUAGCGGCGUUAAAGGCCAAUGGAACAUGUGUAGAGUCAGCAUGCAAGGUUAAUAAUUAUCGGCAUUCAUAUGUCGAUCAACGUGAUCG